AUGGGCACACGCCCUCAAGGCUCUGGUGCGACGCCGCGAUUGGGUUGGCUGGCUCAGCUGAAAGAGGAAUUGGUGACACCUGAGUUUCUAGCGUUGAAAGGUUUCCUCCAAAAAGAAAAGCAAUCGGGAGUCAAAAUGUUUCCGCCGGAGAACGAAAUAUAUUCCUGGUCUCGCCAUACGCCCCUUCACAAGGUGAAAGUGGUGAUUGUCGGACAAGAUCCCUAUCACAAUCAUAACCAGGCUCAUGGCUUAGCAUUUUCUGUUCGACCUCCGACUCCAGCUCCUCCCUCCCUAGUCAAUAUCUACACAGGUAUCAAAAAUGACUACCCGUCCUUUCAACGACCACCUAACAAAGGAGGGCUUCUGACACCAUGGGCUGAGCGUGGAGUAUUGCUUCUUAAUACCUGUCUAACAGUCCGUGCACACCAAGCUGCUAGUCACUCAAACAAAGGAUGGGAACGGUUUACACAGAAAGCAAUUGACAUUGUAGCUAGAGUGCGAUCUCACGGAGUUGUCUUUCUUGCAUGGGGUACACCCGCUGGGAAGCGUGUGGCAGGUAUUAACCGACAGAAGCAUUACGUACUUCAAUCGGUUCAUCCUAGCCCACUCAGUGCAUCCAGGGGCUUUCCAAGAAGGUUCAGGUUUAGUACGGCUGAGCUGCGAGCGCGCGAGAAGCUUGCGCGUAGGAUAGAACAACAGUUUCCUAAGCCGGAAGUAGCUGCGAUUGCUCAAACUGCUGGUAGAAUACAAGAAUUCACAUAA